AUGUUUUUAUGGAAAAAAAUUAUUUUACUAUUUUUUGUUUUAUGUUAUAAUUUUUGUGAUGGAAAACCAGAAAAAUGUACAUUGGCAAAAAAUGUUGGUGUAACUUGUGAAAACUCAUCACAAGGAAAAAAAUUUUACUUUGAUAAAAACAGCGGUGCUUGUCAAUUUUUUAUUUAUAAAGGUUGUCAAGGUAAUGAAAAUAAUUUUGAUAGUAUUGAAGAAUGUAAAAAUGUAUGUGGUGAAGGUAAAGAAGAUCAAACAUGGGUAUUAGCCCAUAAAUGUGAUUCUAAUUUUUUAAUUCCAAAUGGUGUUUAUACUACUUGUAAAAUUGGUAGAAGUACCUGUCCAGAAAAUCAUACAUGUUCAUCUAGUGGUGUAUGUUGUCCAAACAAAUCUUAUGUUUGUACAUUAGAAGAUGAUACUGGAAAUUUUGCCGUUGGUGUACCUGAUAAACCACGUUUUGCUUGGAGUGAUGCUAUAAAUUCAUGUGUAAGAUUUAGUUAUUAUGGAGCUAAUGGUAAUUACAAUAAUUUUCCAAAUUUUCAAAGUUGUAUAAAAUAUUGUAAAAAUUACAAAAAUGAAGAAGAUUUGGAGGAAUCUGAAACAAUUAGAAAAAUGUGA